GCCAGGAGCGAGCACCGGGACCGGGGAGACGCGCCGCGGCUCUCCGAAAACAUGUCCGAGUUUUUUCUCCUCACCUUCUUAGCCCUUUUCUCGGGAUUAUUUCCGUGCACCCAGCCGUCGGCAGUCUCGGACGAGCGGAAAGAGGCUGUCAUGUGUGACGUAGGGGAGUUUACCUGUCACGACCAGGAACACUGCGUCCCCGAGGACUGGGUCUGUGAUGGCGAGCCCGAGUGCCCUGAUGACUCGGAUGAAACUAGCGUGACUUGUGCACAGGACGUGGUGAUCAAAUGUCCACUCAAUCACAUACAGUGCAUUGGGACAAAAAAAUGUAUUCAUUUCAACAAACUCUGCAACGGUGCAAGAGACUGUGAGGAUGGCUACGAUGAAGGAGUCCACUGUCGAGAGCUUCUGUCAGCCUGCCAUGAGCUCCGGUGUCGCUACGGCUGCGUCAUGACAAGGAACGGCACCUUCUGUUUCUGUGCUGACGGUUUUGAGGUUGGCGAGGACGGCACGAGCUGCCGAGAUCAUGAUGAAUGUGCCCAGUAUGGCUCAUGCAGCCAAACGUGCAAGAACACCUAUGGGUCUUACAGUUGCAGCUGCGCAGAAGGAUACGUCCUGCAGCCUGACAAGACAUCGUGCAAAGCCAAACAAGAUCCUGGCGACAAGCAUCCUGUGCUUCUCAUGGGUGGAUCAGAUCGUAUUGUCAUUACCCAUCUAAAUGGAACGGGCUUUCUGCCCCUGAGGUCUCUAAGUGUAAAUGGAAGUCUGGCAUUGGAUUUCCAGCACAGUCAGGACAAGGUUUGCUGGGUUCUGUCCAAAGAGUCCUCUGGGCAACUUCGCUGUGCUGAAAUGAGGAAUCUACGCAGACUCACGCGGGAAAAGGAAAUCACAACACAAAAACACUUGCACAAUGCUGAGCACAUAGCUAUCGACUGGCUGACGGGCAACUUCUAUUUUGUUGACCGGGUCACCGACAAGAUAUUUGUGUGUGACCAGAGUGGCGACACUUGUGUGACUCUCCUCCAGCUAGACCUGCUGAAUCCUAAAGGAAUCGCACUGGAUCCUCUCACUGGAAUGAUGUUCUUCACUGACUAUGGGAACAUAGCCAAGGUGGAGCGCUGCAACAUGGAUGGCACCAACAGGACCCGGCUGGUGGAUUAUAAAAUUGAGCAGCCCACAGCUGUGGCAGUGGAUGUGGUCAAAAGGCUGGUGUAUUGGGCAGAUGCCUACCUGGAUUACAUCGAUGUUGUGGAUUACCAAGGCAAAAACCGACACAAUAUCUUCCAGGGAAGCCAGGUGUCAAAUAUUUUUGCAUUAGCUGUGUUUGAGAACUUCCUGUAUGCCACGCAGAGUACCUACUCUGACCCUUCUAGAGGGACUUUCAGUGUGUCGCUGCUGCAAAUCCACAGGUUCAAUGUCACAGCAGAGCUCAAGCCACUUGCAAGUCUGGGAAAUAUGCAAUCCCUCCGUGUUUACCACAAACUCACUCAACCCAAAGUUAAGUCUCAUGCAUGUGAAAUGAAUUCCUAUGGGAAAUUGGGUGGAUGCUCCCAUAUUUGUCUUCUGAGAGGCAGCUACAAGUCCAGAACGUGUCAUUGCCGUGUUGGCUACAGCCUUGGUUCUGAUGGACAAUCCUGCAAAAAGCCCCAAAACAAUCUCUUCCUGUUCUAUGGUAAGGGGCGUCCUGGGGUCAUCCAAGGUUUGGAUAUGAACGUUAAAUCUAGCGAUGAACAUAUGGUGCCAAUUGAAGACCUGGUCAACCCAAGAGCUAUUGACUACCAUGCAGCAUCAGGACAUAUUUACUUUGCUGACACCACCAGUUUCCUCAUUGGAAGGCAAAAUAUUGAUGGAAGCAACAGGGAAACAAUACUUAAUGAUGAACUCGACAAUGUUGAAGGAAUCUCAGUGGACUGGAUUAGUAAUAACUUGUACUGGACCAAUGAUGGAUACAGGAAGACAAUCAGUGUUGCCAGGUUGCAGAGGGCCUCAGAGACAAGGAAAACCCUGUUGGAAGGGAACAUGUCACACCCACGGGCCAUUGUGGUUGACCCUCUAAGCAGUUGGAUGUACUGGACAGACUGGGAAGAGGAUGAGGUCAAUGACAGCAUUGGGAGGAUAGAAAAAGCCUGGAUGGACGGUUCAAACCGCCGCAUAUUUGUCACCACAAACAUGCUGUGGCCCAAUGGCCUGACACUGGACCACAGCUCCAGUAUCAUGUAUUGGUGCGACGCCUAUUAUGAUCACAUUGAAAAGAUUUACCUCAACGGGACCGGACGAAUGGUGGUCUACAAUGGAAAAGAGCUAAACCAUCCUUUUGGAAUAUCCCAUCAUCGUAAUUUUAUCUUUUGGACGGAGUACAUGAACGCGUCAGUCUUCCAGCUGGACUUGUCCACUGGGGAUGUCAAUGUGCUGCGAAGUGAGAGACCGCCGUUAUUUGGCCUGCGAGUUUAUGACGCACAAAGUCAGCAAGGUGACAACGCAUGCAGUUUGAAUUAUGGUGGCUGUGGUACCCUCUGCCUUGCCAUCCCAGGAGGCAGAGUGUGUGCGUGCGCUGACAACCAGGUUAUGGAGAAGAACAAUGUCACCUGUGCAGCAGGCUCCAGAGGUGCUUCUGAAGCACAGCGUUGUAAAAGCGAGGAGUUCCAGUGCCGUAACCAGCGCUGCAUUCAGGCGCUUUGGAAGUGCGACGGAGACGACGACUGUCUCGACGGCAGUGAUGAGGAAAUCCACACGUGCUACAACCACUCGUGUCCACUUGAUCAUUUUAAAUGCAAAAACAACCGCUGUAUUCCAAAAAAAUGGCUUUGUGAUGGGACAAACGACUGCGGGAAUAACGAGGAUGAGGCCAACAUCACAUGCUCAGCCCGGUCCUGUCAGACUGACCAGUACGCUUGCCAGAAUGGCCGAUGCAUACCUCAGGUGUGGCUCUGUGACCGCGAGGAUGACUGCGGUGAUAUGUCUGAUGAAGUAUCGUGCGCUUUUCCCACUUGUGAGAUCCUCACACAGUUCACCUGUUCCAACGGACGAUGCAUCAGUGAGAAGUGGCACUGUGACUCAGACAAUGACUGCGGUGAUGGCAGUGAUGAAGUGGACUGCAUCCAAUCCUGCUCCAACAACCAGUUCCAGUGCGCCAGUGGCCGGUGUAUCCCAGAUCACUGGGCCUGUGAUGGCGAUAAUGACUGUGGAGACUUCAGUGAUGAGAACACGACCUGUAGGGGUCAAUCGGGAGCCCUGCCAUCUGUGAUUGAGUGCAGUGGGGAAGAAUUCCACUGUGUCACAGAUGGGACCUGCAUCCCAGAGCGCUGGAGAUGUGACGGAGAUAAGGAUUGCGAAGACGGCAGCGAAGAGAAAGACUGUGAAGGCACGAAAAGGAUGUGCGACCCUAAGGCCAAGUUUACCUGCAAAGAUACAGGAAAGUGCAUCACAAAGAGCUGGGUGUGUGAUGGUGACAUCGACUGCGAGGACCGUUCGGAUGAGGAGUCCUGUGAGUCGGCCGUAUGCAAGCCGCCAAAGUACCACUGUGCAAACGACACCUCCGUCUGCCUGACACCUGACAAGAUUUGCAACAGCAAAGUGGACUGUGCCGACCGCUCGGAUGAAGGACCUGUUUGCGACAUGUGUCUCGUGGCCCGAGGGGGCUGCAGCCACAUGUGCACCGUGGCACCAGGGAAAGGGGUUGUGUGUUCCUGUCCCCCUGGACUUCACCUGGACACCAGCAACAAGACAUGCGAGGUAGUGGACUACUGCAACCGUCACCUGAAGUGCAGCCAAGUGUGUGAGCAGUACAAGACCACAGUGAAGUGCUCGUGUUAUCCUGGAUGGAGGCUUGACCCCGACGGAGACAGCUGCCACAGCACAGAUCCCUUUGAGGCUUUCAUCAUUUUCUCAAUUCGGCACGAGAUAAGACGAAUAGACCUUCACAAGAGAGACUACAGCCUACUUGUGCCAGGGCUAAGGAAUACCAUUGCGCUGGAUUUCCACUUUAACCGCAGCCUCCUUUACUGGACCGAUGUGGUGGAAGAUAAGAUCUACAGGGGAAGACUAUCUGAGACUGGCGGGGUGACUGGGAUUGAGGUGAUCAUACAACAUGGCCUGGCCACCCCUGAAGGUCUAGCCGUCGACUGGAUUACAGGAAAACUGUACUGGAUCGACAGUAAUCUGGACCAGAUAGAGGUUGCAAAACUUAACGGACAUAUGCGCACCACACUGAUUGCAGGGGGUAUGGAGCAUCCACGGGCCAUCGCUCUUGACCCAGGGCAAGGCAUUCUCUUCUGGACUGACUGGGAUGCUACGUUCCCCCGAAUUGAGGCUGCAUCAAUGAGUGGACAUGGUCGCCACAUUGUGUUUAAAGAUAUGGAAAUUGGAGCCUGGCCCAACGGACUGACACUGGAUCACCUGGAAAAGAGGAUUAUUUGGACCGAUGCACGCUCAGACGCCAUUUUCUCAGCACUCUACGAUGGUAGCGGCGUCAUCGAGAUCCUCAAAGGCCACGAAUACCUGUCCCAUCCUUUCGCUGUGUCUCUCUUCGGAGGAAAUGUCUACUGGACAGACUGGAGGACUAACACUUUGACAAGAGCAAAUAAGUGGACGGGACAAAAUGUCACCGUCAUCCAGAAGACAAGUGCUCAGCCUUUUGACCUGCAGAUCUUCCAUUCCAGUAGGCAACCACAAGCCUCCAAUCCUUGUGACGAGAAUGAUGGGCGCGGUCCCUGCUCACAUCUGUGUCUCAUCAAUUACAACUCCACUGCAUCCUGUACCUGUCCACACCUUAUGAAGCUCUCGCCCGACAAACAAUCCUGCUUUGCUUUGACAAGGUACCUCCUAUACGUACGUCGGUCGGAAAUCCGAGGUGUGGAUGUUGACAACCCUUACAUGAACGUCAUGACAGCACUAACGGUGCCAGACAUUGACGAUGUCACCGUAGUGGACUAUGAUGCAGAGGAGGAAAGGAUCUAUUGGGCUGAUAUUAAAACCCAAACUAUCAAACGGGCUUUCAUCAAUGGCACCCAGCUUGAGACCAUCAUUUCUUCAGAUAUCGUGAACUGCCGUGGCCUGGCUUUGGACUGGCUUUCCAGGAACUUAUAUUGGCUUAGCUCCGAGAACGACGAGUCACAAAUCAAUGUUGCUCGGUUUGAUGGGUCCCUGAAGACUUCCGUCAUCCACGGCAUCGAUAAACCAAGAUGCCUUGUAGUGCACCCUGUCAAGGGGAAAAUCUAUUGGACAGAUGGCAACACCAUUAACAUGGCCAACAUGGACGGAAGUAACAGCAAGGUCCUCCACCAGAACCAGAGGGAACCUGUCGGUCUCACGGUAGACUACGCGGCAAACAAACUAUACUGGAUUAGUUCGGCCAAUAACACAAUCAACAGGUGCAAUCUGGACGGAAAUGGGCUUGAGGUGCUGGAAACUCUGAAGAUGGUGCUUGCUAAAGGCACUGCUCUUGCUGUGAUGGGCAGUAAACUGUGGUGGGCAGAUGAUGACUCUGCACAGCUGGGAACUGUCAACAAGAGGGAUGGCCGGAACUUGGUCAAUCUGAGAAACAAGACUGCUGGGGUAGUUCACAUGAAGGUGUAUGACCGGGAAGGUCAGAAAGGAAGAAACCUUUGCCAAAUAAACAACGGCGGAUGUUCGCAGCUCUGUUUUCCGACUUCUGAGAGCACCCGCAGCUGCUCUUGCACUGUUGGAUACAACCUCAGGAGCGAUCGCAUGUCCUGUGAGGGUAUGGAUUCAUUUCUGAUGUAUUCCAUCCAUGAGGGUAUAAGAGGGAUAUCUCUGGACCCAAAUGACAAUACUGAAGCCCUCAUGCCUAUCACAGGGACACUUUUUGCUGUGGGGGUGGACUUUCAUGCAGGGAAUGACACUGUAUACUGGACAGACAUGGGCCUGAACAGAAUAUCCCGGGCCAAACGCGAUCAGACCUGGAGGGAAGACAUCGUUACUUCCGGCAUUAGCAGGGUGGAAGGCAUUGCUGUAGACUGGAUGGCUGGGAACCUUUACUGGACAGACCAUGGUUUUAAUCUUAUAGAAAUAUCUCGUUUGAAUGGCGCGUACCGCUCGGUGGUCAUAUCAGAAGGACUGGAUCAGCCCAGAGGCAUCGCUGUCCACCCACAGAAGGGGUAUCUCUUCUGGACUGAGUGGAGCCAGAACCCAUGUAUUGGCCGCUCCCGCUUGGAUGGUUCAGACCAAGUCACCUUGGUCAACUCAGGCAUUAUGUGGCCCAAUGGGAUUUCUAUAGACUAUGAGGAAAAUACAUUAUACUGGUGUGACGCCCGUACAGAUAAGAUUGAGAGGAUCAACCUUGAGACAGGUGAGAGCCGGGAGAUAGUACUGUCUUCGGCCAAUGUAGACCUGUUCUCGGUGGCUGUGUUUGGGCCUUACAUCUACUGGGCUGACAGGGCCUUUUCGAAUGGUUCAAUCCGACGAGGCUUGAAGACUGACAGCAGUGAGGCCGUGACAAUGAGGAGUGGCCUCGGGGUCAAUUUGAAGGGUGUGACAGUCUUCACUAGAGGCAGACAGAAAGGUUCGAACCCAUGUGCCAGGAACAAUGCUGGUUGUCGACAGCUUUGCUUUCACGUUGGGAGCGGACGUCGAACCUGUUCCUGUGCCCACGGCCGCUUAUCAGAGAAUGGCUUUUCUUGCGAACGGUAUGAAGGUUAUCUGCUCUACUCUGAGAGGACGACUCUGAAAAGCAUUCACCUCUCGGAUGAGAAUGACCUCAACUCACCGGUCCAGCCUUUUGAAAACCCUGCUCUUUUCAAGAAUGUCAUAGCCUUGGCCUUUGACUACAGUCAGAAUACAGUUGGCACCAAUCGCAUCUUUUUCAGUGAUGUUCACUUUGGAAACAUCCAGAUGAUCAAUGACAACUGGAAAGGAAGCUCUAUUAUUGCAGAAAGCGUGGGUUCGGUUGAGGGCCUGGCCUACCACCGAGCUUGGGACAUGCUGUAUUGGACCAGCUCCACGACCUCCACAAUCACCAGACAAACCAUUGAGCAGAGAGGAGUUGGUGUUCUUAGCCGGGAGGCUGUAGUUACUCUUUCGGAGGAAGAUCACCCACACGUCUUGGCCCUGGAUGAGUGUCAAAACCUGAUGUUUUGGACCAACUGGAAUGAGCAGAGACCCAGCAUCAUGAGGGCCACCUUAUCAGGCAAGAACAUGAGGAUUAUCAUCGGUACUGAUAUCCUCACACCCAAUGGACUGACGAUUGAUCACAGAGCGGAGAAGCUCUAUUUUUCCGACAGAGGCCUUGGCAAGAUUGAGAGAUGUGAUUUCGAUGGAUCCGGCAGAUAUGUCAUUGUGAAGUCAGGUCAAGGAAACCUCUAUGGACUGGCCAUCUAUGCAGAUUUCAUCUACUGGUCAGACUGGGCUCGCAGGUCAGUGCUGCGGUCCAACAAAUAUACGGGCGGUGAUGUCAAGGUGCUUCGAGCAGACAUACCCCAUCAGCCCAUGGGAAUUAUUGCUGUUGCCAGGGAUACAAACAACUGUGAGCUAUCACCGUGUCAACAUAUGAACGGAGGCUGCGGUGACCUCUGUCUCCUGACCGCCCAAGGGAGGGUCAAUUGCACCUGCCGUGGAGAACGCGUCCUCCUAGAUGACAACAGAUGUGUGUCAAAGAAAUCAUCUUGCAACAUCCACAGCGAGUUUGAGUGUGGGAAUGGAGAGUGCAUUAGCUACGAGCUUACCUGUGAUGGAAUCGCACACUGCAAAGAUAAAUCUGAUGAAAAGAUGCAGUACUGUGACAACAGGAACUGCCGUAAGGGUUUCAAGUCCUGCUACAACCAACGCUGUGUGGCCAACAGUCACUUCUGUGAUGGGAUAGAUGACUGUGGGGAUAACUCUGAUGAAGCUUUCUGUGCCAAUGUCACAUGUGGCUCAUCAGAAUUACCCUGCAAGGAUGGGAGCUGUGUACCCGGCACAUCCUGGUGUAACCAGGUCAUUGACUGCGCUGAUGCCUCAGAUGAAAAAAACUGCAACCACACCGACUGCUCUCACUUUUACAAGCUGGGGGUGAAAGGGAAAGAUUUCAUCAGGUGCAAUUCAACUUCACUGUGCAUCCACCCCUUGUGGAUCUGUGAUGGUGCCAAUGAUUGUGGAGAUUACGGUGAUGAGGCCAACUGCCAGCUUUCCCAUGGUCAGAAGUGCGAGGAAGGCCACUUUUCAUGUCCCAGUGGGAACUGCAUCUCCAGUGUUUGGCUUUGUGAUGGUCAGAAAGACUGCGAAGAUGGCGCGGAUGAAUUCCAGUGUGACUCGUCGUGCUUGUGGAACCAGUUUGCCUGCUCCAAGAAUAAGUGCAUUGCCAAACAAUGGCUGUGUGACGGCGAGAACGACUGCGAUGACGGCCUUGACGAGAGCGUGCAGAUCUGCGGCUCAGUGACAUGUGCUCCAGGGUUGUUCAGCUGCCCAGGCUCGUAUGCUUGUGUUCCAAAACGCUGGCUCUGUGAUGGUGAAAGAGACUGCCCUGAUGGGAGUGAUGAACUUUCUGCAGCUGGCUGUGCACCCAACAACACGUGCGAUGACAGCUCCUUUCACUGCCACAACAAAGCCUGCAUCCCCCAGCGAUUCGUCUGUGACCACGAUGAUGACUGCGGAGAUGGAUCCGACGAGUCUGUGGAAUGUGUCUAUCGCUCAUGUGCAUCAGGAGAGUUUCGCUGUGGGGAUGGCCGCUGUCUUCUCAGUGCACAGUGGGAGUGUGAUGGCUACGCAGACUGUCCCGACCACUCGGAUGAACUGCCUCUGAACCUCAAAUGUCUGGCCGCAGGAAGUUUAUGCAAUGGCUCCUUCUUCAUGUGCUCCAAUGGACGCUGUAUUUCUGAGGGCAAUCUGUGUGACGGUAGAGAUGACUGCGGCGACCAGUCAGAUGAGAGGAAUUGCAAUUUGAAUGAGUGCUUGAAUCGACGUGUAAGCAGGUGCACACAGGACUGCCAGGAUCUUCCUGUUGGAUACAAGUGUAAAUGCUGGCCCGGUUUCCACUUGAAGGAUGAUGGGAGGACAUGUGUGGAUGUUGAUGAAUGCUCCACGAUCCUCCCCUGUAGCCAGCGCUGCAUCAACACCUACGGCUCCUACAAAUGCUUGUGUGUGGAUGGUUAUGAAGCCCUGGAGCGCAACUCUAAUGUUUGCAAGGCUGCAUCAGCUGAAGAGCCUUUUCUUAUCAUGGCCGACCACCAUGAGAUUCGUAAACUGAGUGUAGAUGGCUCGAAUUAUACAAUCUUGAAACAGGGCCUUAACAACAUCAUCCACAUAGACUUUGACUACAAAAAGGAAUUCAUCUAUUGGGUUGACUCAACCCGGCCCAGUGGGAGGAAGAUCAACAGGAUGCGGCUGAAUGGGAGCGAUCUCAAGAUUGUCCACAAAACAGCAGUUCCCAGCGCCUUAGCGGUGGACUGGAUCGGAAAGAAUCUUUAUUGGUGUGAUGCUGAAAAGAAAACACUGGAGGUGUCCAAAGCCAAUGGUCUCUAUCCUACUGUGCUGAUCAGCUCAGGCCUCAAGAACCCCACAGAUCUAGUACUGGACCCACAAACAGGGUAUGUAUUCUGGGUAGACUGUUGUGGACCGCCACACAUUGGACGCAUCGGCAUGGAUGGUCAUGGGCAAAGGAUAAUCAUCGACAAGGAGAUAUAUAGUCCCACUGCUCUGGCCAUUGAUUAUACCAACAAGAGGGUGUAUUGGGCAGAUGACAACCAUAUCCUUUUCGCAAAUAUGGAUGGCUCCCAGAGACACAAAGUGUCCUAUGAUCACAUCCAAGGGGUAAUGGCACUGACCUUGUUUGAGGACUUCAUCUACUGGACGGAUGGCAAAUCCAAAUCACUACGGCGAGUUCACAAGACGACGGGCGCUCAAGGGCUGGAGCUCCUCAACUCUUGGCAGGCCAUCAAAUCCAUCAAGGUCUACCACUCUCUGCGCCAGCCUGAAGUGCCCAAGCACCAGUGUCAGAUUGCAAACGGAGGUUGCAGCCACCUGUGUCUGCUGUCACUUGGUGGGGAACACAAAUGUGCCUGCCCCAGUAAUUUCUACCUAGCUGCUGACAAUAAGACCUGUCUCUCCAACUGCACCUCCAGUCAGUUUCGCUGUGGCACAGAUGAGUGCAUCCCUUUCUGGUGGAAAUGUGACACAGUAGAUGACUGUGGGGAUGGAUCUGAUGAACCUGCAGAUUGCCCGGAAUUCAAAUGCCAGCCGGGACGUUUUCAGUGUGGCACUGGUCUCUGCGCACUCCCUCCUUUCAUCUGUGAUGGAGAAAAUGACUGUGGUGACAACUCGGAUGAAGCUAACUGCGAGACAUACAUCUGCCUUUCAGGCCAGUUCAAGUGCACCAGGAAACAGAAAUGCAUUCCUCUAAAUCUGCGCUGCAAUGGUCAAGAUGACUGCGGUGAUGGAGAAGACGAGACGGACUGCCCGGAGAGCACAUGCUCCUCUGACCAGUUCCAGUGCAAGGCCUCUAUGCACUGCAUCUCCAAGCUCUGGGUCUGUGAUGAGGACCCCGACUGCGCCGACGGGUCAGACGAGGCUAAUUGCGAUGAAAAGACGUGCGGACCUCAUGAAUUCCGCUGUGAGAAUAACAACUGCAUCCCGGACCACUGGAGGUGUGACAGCCAAAAUGACUGCGGAGACAACUCAGAUGAGCAGAACUGCACACCAGUCACAUGUAACCACAAAGACUUUGCCUGUGCAAAUGGAGACUGCAUAUCCUCCCGAUUCCGCUGUGAUGGGGACUACGACUGCUUGGAUAAUUCAGAUGAGAAAGGCUGCGAGGCACACUGUGCCGAUGACCAAUUUCGGUGUCACAAUAACCUCUGCAUCUCCAAAAAGUGGCUGUGUGACGGCCAAGAAGAUUGUAAGAUUGGAGAGGAUGAGAGAAACUGCCAGGGAACAGUUGCCCCCUCAUGUUCCGUGAACGAGUAUGUGUGCGACAGUGGAGGGUGUGUGUCAGCCAGUCUGCGUUGUGAUGGACAUGACAACUGCCUGGAUGGCUCAGAUGAGACUGGCUGCGUGAAAGAGUGCAGAGAAGAUGAGUUUCUGUGCCUGAAUCGCGCACACUGUAUCCCUCGACGCUGGCGUUGCGAUGGCGUUAUGGACUGCAUGGAUCACAGUGAUGAGGAAAACUGCAGCCAGGGUGCUUUCUUUUGCCGGGCUGAUGAAUUCAUUUGUAAUAACACCUUGUGCAAACUUCACACGUGGAUAUGUGACGGCAAGGAUGACUGCGGAGACAAUUCUGAUGAAGACACAGGCAUGUGCGAAAAACUUCCUUGCCCUCCUACGAGGCUAUUCCGCUGCAGAAAUAAUCAUGUUUGCCUGCGCGCCGACCAAGUCUGCAAUAAAGUGGAUGACUGUGGCGACAGCUCGGAUGAAGAAGAGUGUGCAGAGGUGGUGGCUGGAAGACCUCGACCUUGCGGGAAGACCGAGUUCACCUGCAGUAACCGACGCUGUAUCGCCAUCCAGUUGCAGUGCGACCUCUUCAACGACUGCGGCGAUUUUGGCUCGGAUGAGCAGGACUGCAAAGCCUUCUCCAGCGGUGAUGUAUGUGGCAAGAAAACAAAUCCAUGCGGAGAGGACGCCAUCUGCAAUCAGACAAACACAAACGCAGUAUGCCAGUGCAAACCAGGAUUCAAGAGGAACCAGAAGUCAGGCCAGUGUGACGAGACAAACGAGUGUCUACAGUUUGAUACAUGCCCUCAUUACUGCACAAACACUAAAGGAUCCUUCAAGUGCACAUGUGACAGAAAUUAUAAGGAGAUCGAUGGAAACUGCAUAGCAAAAGGACCAGAGGAUCGAGUGCUCUACAUCGCUAAUGACACUGAAAUCCAAAGUUUUGCGUAUCCAUUUAAUCAGACCUAUGGACACAAAGUGCUCGCACAAAUUGAGGACAAUGCACGGAUUAUUGGCAUGGAUGCUUUGUUUCACCACCAGAAGUUUAUCUGGGCUACCCAAUUCAACCCUGGAGGAAUAUUCUACAAAGAAAGUGUGGAAAGAAGUCAAAGUAAAAAAAAUAUCCGAAAUAUUUGUGCAGACUUUCGACGACCCCGAGACAUUUCCGCCGACUGGAUCACCGGGAAUAUCUAUUGGACCGAUCAUUCACGGAUGCACUGGUUCAGCUAUUACACGGCGCACUGGACUAAAUUACGAUAUUCCAUAAAUGUCGGACAACUCAAGGGACCAAAUUGCACACGCUUAAUUACCGACAUCGCAGGAGAGCCUUACGCCAUUGCUGUCAACCCGGGGCGAGGGAUGAUGUACUGGAGUGUAGUUGGCGAUCACUCGCAUAUAGAAGAAUCUGCCAUGGAUGGUUCUUUACGCAGAGUGCUUUUGGAGAAGAACCUCAGGAGACCAACUGGGCUCACUAUUGAUUAUUUCAAUCAACGUUUGUACUGGGCUGAUCCCGAGCUUUCGCUGAUUGGCAGCGUGAGACUGGAUGGUUCCGACCCGCUAAUCGCGAUCAAUGAGAGACAUGGUAUCUUCCAACCAUAUAGAAUUGAUUUAUUUGAAGAUUACAUCUAUGGAACUGGACUCAAACAUGAGGUCUUCAAGAUUCACAAGUUUGCCAAACAGUCUGUGGAGUUUUUCAACUUGGGUGUGGAGAAACCCACCAAUGUUUUGAUCUCCCACCGAUUCAAACACCAAGAGGCGUCAAAUCCAUGCCUGAGGAUGUCUUGUGAUUUCAUGUGUUUACUCAACCCAACUGGUGCCAGAUGUACCUGUCCGGAGGGCAAAAUACUGAUCAAUGGCAGCUGUAGUGAUGUCAACACUUCAGGUGAACUGUGUCGUCCCCCCUGUGAGAACGGAGGCCGUUGCUUGGCCAAUGAGAAAGGAGACUGGAGGUGUUACUGCUGGCCUGAUUUCUCGGGUGAACGCUGCGAGGUCAACCACUGCACAGACUAUUGCCUAAAUGGAGGCACCUGCAUGGGCUCACCCCUGGGUAAACCGACUUGCCACUGUCCUCUGGGCUUCUCAGGGCCAUUCUGCGAGAGGAGGAUAUGCAACAACUACUGUUUGAACGGUGGAACAUGUGACGUCACUCAGGGGAACCAGCCAGUGUGCCGGUGUUUGUCAGAGUACACAGGAGAGCGGUGUCUAUACCAUAUUUGUCACCACUAUUGCGUGAACUCCAAGGCGUGCACGCUUUCCAGUAGCGGCUACGUGGAGUGCGUGUGUCCUGCCAGGUUCGAGGGAAACAAGUGUGAGGUGGACAAGUGUCUUCGGUGCCAUGGCGCGCCGUGCCUCAUUAGCGAGGUGACAGCAGAUGUGGUUUGCAAUUGCACAAAUGGGCGAAUUGCACCAAGCUGUCAACUGUGUGAUGGAUAUUGCUACAAUGGAGGCACUUGUCACCUGGACCCCGACACCAACCUUCCUUUCUGUCAGUGCUCUAGCAACUGGGCUGGAACUCAGUGUGAGAGACCCGCACCCAAAAGCAGCAGAUCAGACAAUACCAGUGGAGGGAGCAUCGCUAUCAUUGUGCCUCUGGUCCUGCUGGUCAUCUUGAUCGUGAUGGUGGUUGCGGUUAUUUACAUCUGCAGACGGAAGCAAAGGGGGAAACGUGUCCAAAGGCAGCCCAUGUCCAACGGAGGGAUGAACGUAGAGAUCGGGAACCCGUCGUACAACAUGUAUGAAGUGGACCACGACAACCAUGCCGAUGCAGGCAGCCUGCUGCGACCCAGCUUCACGCUGGACCCUCAUAAGGGCUGGUGUGUAAAUUCCAGUGACGCUCGCGCCUUGGGUAUCAAUUCGGUGCCCAAGGAGGUAAUUCCUGGACAGGUGAAUUUUUCAAACCUCACUAUGAGUUUGCCUGAUAAGGACAUGAACCAUCGUUGUAUAGAAUCCCUUGAAUUACGCCAACCCAGUGUAUGCAAAGAUGUAUAUGGACGGACAAAACUGUCACAAGGCGAUCGUCAGUAUCGACGAGAGAAGAGAGCUACUCCCAAAGAAAUUCGAGGGGAUUAUUCAUGAAACCGCCGCAUAGCUUACGUGACUCUUUGUACUUUUUUUUUUUUUUUUAACACACUAUUCGAAGGCGGUAAAACAAUUUUCUACGAGGCUUUUAGGUUUUCCUGACGUCGCAUCAGCAUUACGUGCUCGGUGUAAUUUGGAGCGCUAUUUUCAUGUUGCUUUCUAAUCUCUGUAAAAUUUAGGUUACGCAGCUCUGUACUGAAUGACACUCAAGCCUCUGAAGUGCAAAAAAAAAAAUGUAUUCACACCACAUCAUUAUUACUCACGGUUACAAGUGUACGAAUCUGUACCAUUUGAUGAUCAAAUACUGUAAGUGGAACACAAAGGCUGAUUAAUGCUUUUUCUGACCGAUUAUAAGUAAUGUUAAUGUUUUGGGGAAUUUGUUAGUUGGUUCUUGUUUAACAUUCUAAUUCAACCACAAAACCUUUUAGUGUUAACACAUCUCAUCUUUAUCUGGUGGUUCUUUCUGCUUGGAUUUCCAGUAAAGGCCAUACAGUGUUUUAAAUUGUCUUUGCCACUCCCGUGGACUUGAAGGGUCAUCGACCACAUCACGACAAUUAUACAGUAUGCUGUAGAAUAAUGACGUUUCUUCUGUUUCAAGAGACUGAAGCCCACCUUGAAUGUUCUCCGAUCAGAUCCCAUACUGUACGCUGAGAGGACAAAUGCUGAAUCUCAUAUUUUUCUAAAUCUCAUGGAUCAACAGGAUCACUAAAUACGUACACAGACGGAGUUUUACCACAAGGUUAGUCAAAGCAAGGCGUAUCAUAGAUCACAUCUCUUACUUUCCAAAAGCAGGAGGAUAAAUAUAAAGACUUUUUUAUAAUUUUAUAUUUGAUUUGUAUGUGGUUUGACUGCUAUGUACUUUGACAAAAUGUAUUAAAUGUAACUUUUUUAUAUAUAAAAUGUAAAUCAAUAUUGAAUAAAGGGGGUUUAUUUCCAUG